CAUUUGCUCUCAGUGCAGUCUGGCCGCUGUGCAGGCGGGCGUAGAGCGAUGUCCCGGCCAGCGGGCUGGUGUCCCCUGCGCCAGGCGGCCGCUCGCUCGCUGGCAGCGGCGGUGACACAUCGUAGCCGCCGUGCAUAGGAACCGGGCUCCCUCCGCGUGAGGAAAGACGCCCCGCGCCCCGGAGCUCGCCCUACGAGGAGAGGCCCUCGCUAACACGGUUUCUCUCUAACCUCUUAAUUUCGGGAGGUUUCGGAGGCUCCGAGUUCCUGUACAGCCCCCACAGUGAACAACUUCUGUUGGCUCAUUGAGGAUCAUCUUUUACCAGGAUUAUUGUAAUACCAUCUUCGCUGAGCCUUCGACCCCAUAGCCUCUGCCGUGGGUCGUGAUUGCCACCAAUGAAGUUUUUUGAUGAAGUUUUUUGAUGCUUUCUUUUCUGUUCAUGUGACACUACCUCUUGUCCACCUUUCGCCUUUCCAUUUGCAAAUAUAUUAGGUAUAAGUUUGUGACCUGCUUAAGUACAGAGUUUUUUGCUCGACCACUUUCAUCUUGUACUGCUCACUUCUGUCCAACUCUCCUUACCUUGCUCCUAUGACUCUCAUAACCAUUCACCUGCUAACAUGUAACAGUCUUUGCUUAGAAAGCCAGCAUUCCAUACCAUGCACUCUCUGACAGACAGUGGAAUGUAGAGUCUGCAAGUCUUCUCUUGAAUUAAGCUGUUUAUUUCCUAGUACAUUUCCCAGAAUAUUCCCCCCGAGUUUUUGUGUCUUCGGCAAAACACCUGCCAUGAUGACAAGGAGAAUUGCGUAUUAAACCGACUGUUUUAGAGAACAGUAUUCGUUAAAUUUCUAAUCUCCAGUGAGAUUGCAGUUCAUAAACUGAAUUCAUAAACUUAGUUUACCUUAAACUAAGUAAGGAGGAAGAAAGACAUAGAGUUAGUUGAAACUAGUCUUUGUUGUUUUAAAAGAGUCCUAGCUGUUUUUUGUCUCUUCCGUGCCUGAGUUUCAUUGUGUGUUAAUAGACAAUCAUGCACACUAUAGGCACUAAUAAAUCCUACUUAAAUUGAAUUUUUACGACUUUCUGUUUUUAUGACUUUAAAAUAGUCCUAACUGUUUUAAAACAACAAGUGAAGAGACUCAAAUGUAAACCUUGCCUGGAAAUUGGCCAGCACACUACCCAUACAGGUCCUGGGGGGCAAGAGAGGAACCUUAAGACCCCAUGUUCUAGUCUCUUUGUAUUAAAGAACUAAGUUAAGUAUCUUGAUCUAGUAAUUGCCAAAAUAUUAGACACUUAAAAUGUUGGGCAAACGAAAGCGUGUGGUGUUGACAAUUAAAGACAAGCUUGAUAUUAUUAAGAAACUUGAGGAAGGCAUCUCUUUCAAAAAACUUUCUGUGGUGUAUGGAAUUGGUGAAUCUACAGUUCGUGAUAUUAAAAAGAACAAAGAAAGGAUUAUAAACUAUGCAAACAGUUCAGAUCCUACAAGUGGGGUAUCCAAACGUAAAUCCAUGAAAUCAUCAACAUAUGAGGAACUUGAUAGAGUUAUGAUAGAGUGGUUUAAUCAACAGAAGACAGAUGGGAUUCCAGUGUCUGGAACAAUUUGUGCAAAACAAGCCAAGUUCUUUUUUGAUGCGUUAGGGAUGGAAGGUGAUUUUAAUGCCUCAUCUGGCUGGCUAACUCGAUUUAAGCAGCGCCAUGGUAUUCCAAAGGCUGCCGGUAAAGGAACAAAAUUAAAAGGAGAUGAAACUGCUGCCAGUCAGUUUUGUGGUAACUUUCAAGAAUUUGUUGAGAAAGAGAAUCUACAACCAGAGCAAAUUUAUGGUGCUGACCAAACUGGAUUGUUCUGGAAAUGUCUACCAUCAAGGACAUUAGCUCUUGAAAGUGAGCAAAGUACUUCUGGGUACAGGUCAAGCAGAGAGAGAAUCAUUAUUAUGUGUUGUGCAAAUGCCACAGGCUUACACAAACUUAAUCUUUGUGUUGUGGGGAAAGCAAAAAAACCCCGUGCAUUCAAAGGAACUGACCUUUCUAACCUUCCUGUAACUUAUUUCAGUCAAAAGGGUGCAUGGAUAGAACAUUCUGUUUUCAGGCAGUGGUUUGAAAAAUGCUUUGUGCCGCAAGUACAGAAGCAUUUGAAAUCCAAGGGGCUUUUAGAAAAAGCAGUACUUCUUUUGGAUUUUCCCCCAGCACAUCCGGAUGAAGAACUGUUGAGUUCAGAUGAUGGCAGAAUAAUUGUGAAAUAUUUGCCACCUAAUGUUACAAGUCUUAUUCAACCUAUGAGCCAGGGAGUUCUAGCCACAGUGAAAAGAUACUACAGAGCAGGACUUCUCCAGAAAUACAUGGAUGAAGGAAUUGACUCAAAAAUGUUUUGGAAGAACUUGACAGUGUUGGAUGCAAUUUAUGGAGUGUCAAGAGCUUGGAAUAUGGUAAAAUCAAGUACCAUAACCAAAGCAUGGAAAAAACUUUUCCCUGGCAAUGAAGAGAAUUCAUGUGUGAACAUUGAUGAAGGAGCCAUUUUAGCAGCUAAUUUAGCAACAGUUUUACAGAAUACAGAAGAUUGCGAACAUGUUGACAUUGAGAAUAUCGAUCAGUGGUUUGAGUCUCAGAGUAAUGACUCAAGCUGUAAGGUGCUAACUGACAAUGAAGGUGCUGAGGACCAGGCCAAGCCUGCUGAGCAAAAGCCUUCCAGUAAGACUAGAAAAACAGAACCGAAUCCAGAAAAGCAUAUUAGUCAUAAAGCCGCACUUGAAUGGACUGAAAGUUUACUGGAUUAUUUAGAACAACAAGAUGACAUGCUUCUGUCUGAUAAAUUGGUAUUGCGGAGACUUCGAACAAUAAUAAGAAGAAAACAGAAGAUCCAAAAUAGCAAAAAUCAUUAGUAGGGCUCUUAAAUGUUUCAUUGUCUUUGUAUCUUUAUGACUGUUUAUCUGCAGUGGAACUUAAUUACCUGUUUGAAGUGCUGUGGAUUCCAAGGCCAAAUACAUUCUAUAAAUGAUUUUAGGAUUAGCUGCCAUUUUGGAUUACUUAAACUACAACUCUGUAAUGUUGACAUUAGUAAUUGAGCGUUAACACGUAACUUGUCUACAUCAGUUGUUUCUAAUCUGUAUUAUACAAAUUAGAUCAUAAGGUACCUGAGGUCAGGGAUUGUGUGUCUCUUCUGUGCCUGAAUUUCACUGUGUGUAGUAGAGAAUCAUUCACACUAUUGGCACUCAAUAAAUCCUACUUAAAUUAAAUUUUUAUGA